AGUGCCAGCUGUCAGUGUCCAUCAGUGCCAGCUCUCAGUGCCACAUAUCAGUGCACAUCAAAGUCAUAUCAGUGCCUACCAGUGCACAUCAAUGUCACAUAUCAGUGCCUAUCAGUGCACAUCAAUGCCACAUAAGUGCCCAUCUGAGCUGCCUUUCAGUGCCCCCUAUCAGUGCCAGUCAGUGCCACCUAAAAAGUGCCAUCAGUGCCUCCUCAUCAGUGCCCAUCAGUGCAGCCUCAUUAGCACACAUCAGUGAAGGAGAAAAAUCACUUAUUUACAAAAUUUUAUAA